AUGGCCGUGGCUGCGGAAGAUGUGGAUGUCAAGGAGGCCGAAGAUACCCAGUAUGAAGAAGGUGAUCCUCGAUCACUGCUUCCUCGAGCCCGUACUGUCGAACUCGCCGAAGUCUUCGAGUUUCGACCCUGCACUCCUUCUGCCUCGCGUCCAGCGCUGAAGUCGGCGAAGUCAGGCCUCGGAGAUGCGUUUGACAACGUGCACGCCUAUGGCUACCUGCAUGACCUCGCGAUCCGCUCUCAACAGUCCAGUCGCAUUACGAUGCCGCCCGUUAAUUGGCUGCGGCGUCAGUGGAGGCUGCUGCAAGACGCAACAGCGGCGCAGCUGACUACACGUCUACUCCGUCGAGAGCAGCUGACCGGGCUCCUCUUGGACGGCAUUGUUAAAGAGAGCAAGCAACGUGGUCUCUUCAAAAAGACGACUUACGCGGACUAUGUUCGCCAGGCUCGAUUUGUGUUCCGUGUUAGUCGCGAGAGUUCGUGCAUGCACACCAUGGUGGAGAACUGGCGAAUGCUGCAGCGCUUGGUACACUACAAGGAUCCAAGCGACUGCGCCCAUCUGCACGAGCGCGUCUGUAAGGUUGCAGGCUUCUGGGGCGACCGAGCCGCGUCCAACUCGCCGAAGCGCGGUGCUAGCAACGAGCUGGUUAGUGAGCAAUGGUCGGAGAAGUUGACGCAGCAACUCGCCGGGGAGGCAGCUGACUUUGGAGCGGAGGAAGCUCAACAUAUACCCGAUGCUUCAGAAAAGGAGUUGGACAACUACUACUACAGCUUCGAGCCUCCCUUUUUGCCGCCGCUGAAGCGGCCGACUUCGGGCCGAAGUCGACAGGGAGGUCUUCGCUCUCGGAUCCUCAAGGACAGGGUAGCGGCAUUGGUGCCGGCAGAGCUUACGACUGAAGAGCUGUCCGAGCAAAAGCCGCUUCCAGUUCAGUAUCAUCGGCUACCUCGCUGGGCUCGUGAGAAGCAGAAGCGUGAUCGGCCGCUGAUGUCUUCCUCGAUGGCCAAGUCGCAGACCAGCCUUUCAAGGCCAGACUCCACGACGUCUUUGCACACGUCAAAGCUGACCUGGACUUCCAGCCAGGAGAUGCUUCGUUCGGCAUCAUCGCCCAAGCUCUCUGCGAGCACCUCACGCUUGGCGGAGACCUUCGGUGAGUUCAGCCCCUCCGGCUCGCGCAGUGGCGGCCGAGGAAAGCUGCCGACACUGGAAGAUCGAUAUCGAUCAACUUGCCGCAACAGGCGCACCGUUCCCGUCCCAUCCUCCUUCGUGGAGGGGGGGUCGAAGAAGCUGGACGCGAGGGGCAUGACAGAGGCACAGCUCCUUUCCUUGCUUCACGUCUUGGACGAUGGACGACAGGUAGAAGACCUCGACCUUGAAAACAAUCGCCUAGUGAGCGACGUCUCCCUGGCUCCCUUGAUGCGGAAGCUGCGCGAGCCACACAUGAGGGAGUCGGUGCGAAGAAUCAACUUUCGACAAUGCUGUCGCGUGGGCAGUGCCACGCUGGACAUGUGCGUGGAGCUUCUGGCAGUAGCCAUGAACUUGAAGCAUGUCGACAUGAGUGGCCUGAAUCUCGCCGUGAAGUUGCAACUACCACUCUGCAUGGGGCUGGGCAGUCACCAGUCCCUGGAGACAGUGGCGCUGGUCGGUGUAGGUCUUGGAGGCAGCUGCGGGGCUGCUGAGUGUGUUCGACGUCUCGUCGGCAGCAUCAGCAUCACAUCACUGGACUUGAGCUGGAACUGCUUCGACCAGCAGGAGUUUCAGCAGAUGGGCAAGCAGCUCGUCCAGACCAGGAGCUCGAAGUUGAAGAAACUUUGUUUGGACUCCACAUCCAGCGUCGUCGGUUCCAGCGACUCCUCCAUCGCGGAGCUGUUGGAGGCCCUGGCCUACAAUAGGACCCUGUCCUCGCUGAGUAUCGCAGCUAACCGAAUCGACUUCAAAGCGUCGCUGGUUUUGGAGGACGCCCUCGAGAACCACAAGCCCAUGAAGAAGCUAAACCUUGCUCAGAAUCCGCUUGGGUCUCUGGGCCUACGGAGCCUUCUGCGUCUGCUCUCCAGGGAGUCCAACGAGAUCCGGCAUUUCGAUGCAGACGGGUGCUUCACUGGUGCGCCAGAUGUCGAGGAGGAAUCCGUUGAUCAGAGGAGCUUCUGUCAAGUGUUUUCCUUCACGAAUCCAGGCGGGCGCUACAAGUUGGACCUCAGCCGGCCCUAUCACCGAGCCAUGCUCCGGAUGCUCUGUAAAACGGCAGAGCGGUACAAGGUGCCCAUCGACAAGCCGAUGCUGGAUGUCAGCUAUUCCUUAGGGCACUUUCCUGUCCCGACGAAGCAUUCUAGCGGAGUCUUCCAGGUCCCCUCCUCUGGAGAGCUCUCUUUGACCUUCAGUCUGGAAAGUGAGAUUGAGGAAAACAUCAAGGGCAUCCGGGACGACAACUUCCUGGGGUUCCUCGAGAAACACUUCAUGCUUACGCGCUUCCACCCGAGCUGGAACAAGGUCGUGCCGCUGUUUGCAAAGUGGAUAGAGCUCAGCGGGCGUUCCCUCGACCAAGAGGUCUUCUUACAGUCUAUGGCGAAGGAUUUCAACAUGACCGUCGCCUAUGUCCAGUUCUUGUGCAAAACUGCGCCCGACGUGGAAUCGAAGGUCAUGAAUGCCAUGCUGCCCUGUACUCCGGAAGAUGGAGGCUCUCGAUACCUGCUCCUCCAGAGCCUCAAAAAUCUGCAGCAUUUCGUGGCCUGCUACGAUGCCAUGGAAUCCUUUCUGCUUUUCAACGCUCAGAAUCCCACGGGGCACUACAACUUAAAGCUGCACAUCACGUCAGAGUUUGCCGUUGCGCAACGUCUGUUGCUCCUGGACCGCUGGGAAUGUGUCGUCAACAAACGCCACGGCCGCUGUGAUGUCUCUUCUCGGGCGAACCGGUCGCAUGUCCGGAAUGAGCUCCACGGAGGCAAGCAACUGUCGCUCACGACGGGCUCUGUCGCAGAGUGGAGCUUGCCAGAGGCAGACGCCUUUGAGCUCGACUAUGUCACCAGCGCGAGACCGCCCGUGGAGGCGCAAGCACUAACUGAUGGCUUGUGGAAGCAGCUCAUGGUCUCCAUGUACAAGUCCGAGUGCAGUGCCGAGGACAAGAUGAAGGUUCUGCGGUCCAUUUCCCACAACAUCUUUAUCACCUCGAAGCACAUGCGGGAGAUGAUGGGUUACUUCGAUAGGUCGGAGCUGCGCCAGGAGGCCUUCGUCAUGUUCUUCAGCAGAAUAACCGACAUGCACAACCUGAAGUUGUGCAGCGUGCGCUUUGGUGAGGAUGAGGAGGUCUACAACUUGCGCUACCGCCUUGGGCAGGCAGUCUUCUUCCCUUACUUCCAGCCGGAGAACGCCAAGUUUGAGCUUGAUCUGAGCUUCCAUGACCACCGAUUGUGCGUGAACAUGCUGGUUGGACUCGCAGCAAGAGAGAAGUUUGGCAACAUCAGGGAUGCCGUCUGGAUAAAGCCGGAUGGGAGCCAAGACGAUUUCCCGAUGGGCAUUCCGCGCAGCUGGGAAGGGUUAUCUCCCACUGAAGGCCGCUUCCAUUGUCGCUACGUGUGUUCGGCGGACGAUCGGAACUUCCAUUACCGGAAAAGCCUCGCGGCCAAGUUCGGAUACAACCCCAGGGAUGUCCGCGAGUCAGAGAUGAACUGGCUGACAGGGCUUAACGAGCCACCAGAGGACGUAUUGGAUCUCCUCGAGUUCUUGAUCAGCCGGGUCGACAGUAUGCAGGCCGCCUUCAAUGCCAUCGACGGCGGUGAGCCCGGGUCGGUGUCCAACUCUGAGUUAACACUUCGGGAGCUCGAGAUGGGCCUGAAGUCCAUGGGCUGCCAGAAAUUUGCCGGACCGGACGAGUCUGCACGGAUAGAGAAAGUCUUCCGCUACCUGGAUCCUGGUGGUGAGGGAACCGUUUCCAUGCAGGAGUGGAUGGUGCUCGAUCAGCUCUGGAGGGAGUUUGAUCUAACGAUCCGCGAGUUCGUCCAAUUCCUCCAGUACGCGUUCGGAGAGAACCUGCAGGAUGCAUGGGAAGCAUUGGAUGACGACGGCAGUGGCGAGCUGACGGAGCAAGAGUUCGAUGAGGCUCUGAAGAAGAAAGGCUACUUCGGGCCGGUGCGCGUUGUCUUCGCGCUGCUGGACAACACGGAUGACGGGAACAUUUCCUUCGACGAGCGACUAGGCACUGCAUCAAUGGUGCUUCCCUUCUCUCCUGCAGCGCUGGAUGACCUGGUCACCGUUGCUGAGCCCGGAAUACAUGCGGCUUACAAGAAUGAUCACUCCUGGGCCGGCGUGAGAACUGUGCAGGCAGAGGCCCAGAAGUUGCAGCAGGAGAUGGAGACCUGCGAGGGCCUCGCCUCCAGCGCUGUGGAGCAGAAGACGCGGAUGGGGCUCAUGAGCCAAGGCCUUCGUCAUGAUCGCAUUAGAUGGGGUUGGAGCUUGCAGGAGCUCUCCCGGCAGCUCGCUGCCCUGCCCGGCGACACGCUCCUAACUUCGGCUGCGGCCCUCUUUGCCGGACCAUUGGGCCCCAUGCAUCGCGAGGAGCUCAUGGCCCACUGGAAGGCCAUCCUGGACAAGCUCUCCAUACCCCACAGCAAGGAGCUUGACCUGCCGAGAUACUGGAUCCCGGCAACGGCACGCUGCCGGUGGCAUGCUGACCUCGAGCUGCCAAAGGUCACCUGGAAUGUACGAAUCGUUUACAUGAGUGUCAGACCGAGCACCGCCAUCGUUGCUGCUACCGCUACUGCUGCUGCCUUUCCUGCUGCUGCUACUGCUCCUGCCACUAUUUGCCACCCCUGCUGCUGCUACUACUGCUGCCACCUACCGACAGUGUCGUUUUGGUUGUCACCUUGGUGGUGGUUGUAA